AAGAAACCAUUUCCGUUUUCAGAACGUGAAGUUUGCGUUUUGUUUACUUUUUCAUUUUAUAGUUUGUGCACGUAGUUUGAACAUGGGUUCUUCGAAAAAACACAAGGAUAAAGACCGUGAACACAAGAAAAAGCGAAAACAUCGUUCUAGAUCGAAAGAAAAGGGCGAACGGUCUCGCUCCAGGGACAGGGAUCCAAAACGCCGACAUCGCGAAAACGAUGACACUAACAGACAAUUUGAUGACUAUCAAGGGAGCCAUUAUGCACCAGAGGAAGGAGAAAUUGAUGACACCUACAAGUCUGAGUCCACUGGUGCUUCUGGUGGAGGUGGAGACAUUAGUCUCUCAAUUGAAGAAACAAACAAAUUGAGGGCAAAGCUGGGGUUGAAGCCUCUGGAAGUAGGAGCUAAGAAACCAGAUGCUGAGAAAGAGUCUCUCAAAGAUGAUAUCCACCAGCCUGCGCAAAACUUGUGGAAAAUGAAGGAAACUGAAAAAAUAAAAGAAAAACUGGAGCGAUCAAAGCAGAGGCGUGAUGUAGAAAAGAAAUUAGACAAAAUUAAGACUCUUGGUGAGAGUGACUCAGAUGAAGAUGCAGCCGCCUGGGUGAGGAAGAACAGGAUGAAACAGCGAGAAAAGGACCGCGCUGACAAAACUGCAAAAAUGUUAGAAGAGAUGGAUGAAGAGUUUGGCAUUGCAAAUCUGGUUGAAGAAGAAUUCAAAACUGUCAAGACAAAGAAAUAUUCAUCCAAAGAUCUGAAAGGUUUGAAGGUUCAGCAUGAUGUCUCCAGCUUCAAAGAAGGCCAGACAGUUAUCCUAACUCUGAAAGACAGAGGUAUUUUGGAUGAGGAGGAUGAAGCGGAGACUCUGAUCAAUGUUAACAUGGUGGACAGUGAAAAGGCGGACAAGUUUGUGGAGCUAAUGAAGAAGAAGCCAGACUACAACCCCUAUGAUGACGGGGAGGAGGACGAGUAUGGAAUGUUCAAGCCGAAGGAAGUGCUGUCCAAGUAUGACGAGGAGAUAGCGGGUAAGGAGAGGAUGAAGGAGUUCAAGCUGGGAGCCCGGGGCUCGUACAGUGCUGAGGAGGACAAACAGAUGGAAAGAAUCAAGGCCGAACUGCGGGCUCAGUCGCAAACCCUAUCAUCUGCCAGGACAAUACUGACCGAGUAUAUGACACCAGAAGAAGCUCAAUCAACGUUUAAAAAGGUUAAGAAGAAGGUACGGAAGAUUCGCAAGAAGAAAGCAUUGAGAGCAGAUGACCUGUUACCUUUGAACGACGACAUCACACGUGAAGACUACGGGUCUAGGGUGCGGGGUCGAGGUGUAGUGAAGGAGGAGGCCACGCCUAUCCCUGGCCUUGACCUUGUGCCAGGUCAGGUCGCCGCCCCCCAUGUGGUGGGAGAUGUUAGGAAGACGAUUAAAGUAGAGCCCAUUGACAGUGAUGAAGAUGACGGGGUAAUGAUGUCAGAUGAAGAUGAUGUAGAGGUAGAAGACCUAACAGGUGUGCGCAUUGAUGAUGACGAGGCCAAUAUUGAAUUACAAUCUGCUCUUGAUGUGGCGAGAAAAAUACAACAUAAAAAGAGCAAAUUGAAUCCAGAAAAGAUAGCAGAGAAGCUCAAAGCUGAGCUUAGUGAGACGGAGAUGGAGGGGGGAGGGCAGGACGCGACUAUCACCCUCAAUGCCACGUCAGAGUUCUGUAGGGCCCUGGGAGAUAUACCCACGUAUGGACAGUCAGGGAACAGGGAGGAAAUAGAGAGAGAUGAGCUAGUGGAGCUAGAGAAAGAGUUACAAGAUGAGAGACGGCGAAUGGAGGAAGAAGAGGAGGAGGAGCAGUCUGGCUGGAACCGGGUCGAGAUAGACGAGACACCUGUCAAUCUUGUGGGUGAGGACACAGCUAUCUUGGAGGACGAGCCUGUGAUCAACAAGGGCAUGGGUGCAGCCUUGAGCGUGGCCGUCAACAAGGGAUUUCUGGAGAGGGAGGUAAUACGGACGCACCGCAUCACGGCCGGAAUGAUGGAGAUCAAGGCCCAGAAUUACUCCAUCGAGGACAAGAGAUAUGAUGACCUAGAUGAGAAGUACAAGAAGCGAGAUCGGUACACGGGCAAUUUGUCCGAGUUCAAGGAGAAGGUAGGGUACAAACCGGAUGUGAAACUCGAGUAUGCUGACGAGUCCGGGCGGCAACUUAACGAGAAAGAGGCCUUCCGCCAGCUCUCACAUCGUUUCCAUGGGAAAGGUUCAGGCAAGAAGAAGACAGAGAAGAGGUCCAAGAAACUAGAGGAGGCACAGCUGAUGUUGAAGAUGAGCACGACAGAUACACCGCUAAACACGGUGGCCUUGCUGAAAGAGAAGCAGCAGCAGGAGAAGACUCCCUACAUUCUGCUCACCGGAAACAAGGGAUUCACGCAAACAAUGGUGAAGCCAAAAACUUGAGGCACACUGACUGCUUCUUUGGACAAGAACAGAAUGGGGCACUGCUCACUAAUGCAACUGAACUAUUCACAGAGCCUAGAUUUGUGCUCGAACUCUUUAAUUUGAUAGUGUCACUUGCAUCACAGGCGUUAAAAGUACCUUUCUACAUGUAUACAUGUAUUUGAAAAAUGUAGUGGAAAAGCAUAAUAAAAAAGGAUUUCUAAAUGUUAUAUGUGUAGAUUAAAAAUAUUUCUUCAGUAUGUUUUCAACACAAUAAGUUCAAUUUGCCUAAAGUGGCUCAUCAACUUUUGCCAUAGUUUUAUCAGGCUGUUUUCAAAUGUCUGGCAUGAGAUUGUAGAUCUUGUUACUGAUCAAGACCAUUUUCGAAACAGAUAGUCUUUGAAAUCUUUACAUCAAUUUACGUGUGAAAUGGUAGACAUCCUGUACUGAAUUGAACUUUUAAUAUGGAUUAUAGUAAGAACCUCAAUUCAGUACUAGGUUUUUAUCGCGAUUUUAUUGUAAUAUUGUAUUGUCUUGGUUAAUAAACCAAAUAAAAACUG